CUUCGGCUCUGAUACCUGCCUUUCACCGCGGAAGCUAAUGGCGAGUGAGACGGGAGUGACGCUUAGGGGUCGGCGUAGUUCUGCGAAAUCCAUGAACGAAGACAGUCCGAGGAGUUCUGAGGGGACUGAUGAUGUUUACGUCCGAUCAGUCAGCAAUGGAAAAAUAGAUGCUGAAUAUGUGAUAAAUAGAAAGUUGCAGCUCAAGCAAAAGGCUGAGCAAAUGAAGACAGACUUGUUGAAGCAGUUUGAUUUUCAGUUUAAUCAUUUUGUGGAUAACCUGAUUGAUGAAUCAACCAGCCUAGACUCUGCUUCUCCUUUCUUAUGUUCAUCAGUGAAUAAAGAACUGACAGCUUUAGCUCACAGACAAGCAAGGGCACCCCCUGAGAAAGGAAAGCAUUUCAUAUCUCGGCGAUCUCUGCUUGAUGAGCUGUUUCAAGUGAAUCAUAUCCGGACCAUCUAUCACAUGUUCAUCGCUCUACUCAUCUUAUUUAUAGUCAGUACCCUGGUGAUGGACUUCAUUGAUGAAGGAAGGCUGGUCCUUGACUUCGAUCUGUUGGUGUAUGCCUUUGGGAAAUUUCCCAUUGUCGUUUCCACCUGGCUCUGCAUGUUCCUGUCUACACUACUCAUUCCAUAUGGCUUGUUUCUGCAAUGGGCGUUCGGAUACAAUGCAUCAAAACAUAAAGUUUUACGUAUGGUGUUCUUUGGUGCAUUAUUUUUGUUGUUCCAGAUAGUGGGCCUUUGGGCUGCCCCAGUCUACACAGUUAUUCAUUUUCGUCUACCUCCAGCCUCCCGUUUCAUUGUUAUAUUAGAACAGGUUCGCCUGAUGAUGAAAGCACAUUCCUUCAUACGGGAAAAUUUCAGCAGAGUGAUCUCAAAUAAAGAAAAGAACAGUGACGUUCAAAUACCACAGUUUUCUCACUAUCUCUACUUCCUUUUUGCUCCUACUCUCAUAUAUCGGGACAGCUAUCCCAGGAAUCCUACAAUUAGGUGGAGCUACGUUGCUACAAAAUUUGCUCAGGUUCUGGGCUGUCUGUUUUAUGCUUACUAUAUCUUCGUCCGACUCUGUAUUCCGUUGUUUCGAAAUAUCAGCAAGGAGCCAUUCAGCUUGAAAGUCCUUGUUCUUUGCAUCUUCAACUCCAUUUUGCCAGGUGUGUUGGUACUAUUCCUCGCCUUCUUUGCAUUCCUGCACUGCUGGCUCAAUGCCUUUGCUGAAAUGUUGCAGUUUGCUGACAGGAUGUUCUACAAGGACUGGUGGAAUUCCACAUCAUUUGCAAAUUACUACCGGACCUGGAAUGUAGUUGUCCAUGAUUGGCUGUACUAUUAUGCAUAUAAGGAUUUUCUCUGGUUAUUCACUCACCGGUUUAGGGCUGCUGCUAUGUUGUCCGUCUUCACAGUAUCUGCAGUAGUUCAUGAGUAUGUACUGGCAAUUUGCUUUGGGUUCUUCUAUCCAGUCCUCUUCUGUCUGUUCAUGUGCUUUGGAAUGGCAUUCAAUUUUGUACUGCAUGAUCGCCGGAAAGGUCCUGUGUGGAACGUGGUGAUGUGGACAUCAUUGUUUCUGGGCCAAGGCAUGUUGGUGUGUCUAUAUUCUCAAGAAUGGUAUGCCCAGCAGCAGUGUCCCCUUACUAAUCCCUCUUUCUUGGACUUGGUGAAGCCACGUUCCUGGACAUGUCGUUUGCACUCGUAGUGGAUGUGAUCAGUGGAACAUUUCCGUCUGAAUGCAGCUGCACCUUUCAUCAACCAAAUGAAUGUUUCUCUUACACCAGAGUGCCUGCUUCCUGAACUGUCUUAAAUUUUGGUCAUUAAGCUGGAUGUUCUCCUGAGAAUCACUAAUCACAGGACAAAUGCCAAUUUAAUGCUAUACAUACUGUAUUAAGCAACCACCAUCUGCAUCAUGGAUGGGAGGGAUGCUCAAAAUUAAGUACUGACUGGAGGGGAAGGUGUUUUAGAUCUUUAAUUCAUAUUAAUUCUUUCUCUCUUAUCACACAUUUAUUCACCCCCCCCCCCCCGCCCUCUCAAAAUCCCCUGUAGAAACUGAAGAUAAAUGAGACUUGACUACUGAAUUGUAAGGCCUUAAAAUCUUGCACAUGCAGAGAAGGCAGUUAGCAAGUGUAUUCUUUUAUUUCACUGAAAAUACAAAUGUCAAGGAAGAUGAUCACUUCUUAGUUUAGCAAUAUGGCUAUUUGGAGGGAAAUUAAAGGCCUGCAUUCCACCCCCUCUGCCCAUUGUAAACCCUCCAUGUUCCUUAUUUCAGACCAUUUUGGAAGGCAUUUAGUAAUUUUCCAUUGACAAGGAAGUUGGUAAGUUGCUGUGAUGUUAUUCACCUUUCAGCAUAUCCUAAAGUCACAAAAAUCUAGCUAAAGUAACUGUGCUGAAACUGGUUUUUGAGAGUAGAGCAUUGUCAAAAUUGAUAGUGCUCGAAAUGUUAACUGUUUAUUGGGCUAUAUCCAAAAAAAACUUGAGAGGAACAUAUUGUUGAACAAUGUACAAUGAUUUUGUAUUGGUGUUUGAAUUUCACAUGCCUUUUUUUUAAUGUUGUCUUUGUCAUGCUGAAGAUGCUAACCCAAAUUUCCAUGGAUGUCUUUCAUUUUUUGGUACCUCAUGCAGAAUGUUGGUCUGGAUACUCGAGACUGCACAGAGAACUUUGACCAGUGUUUCUGCUCUUAACACUGCAAUCAUUAAAAUACUCUCAUGGCCAGUCCAACUGAGGUAAACUGACUAAUCACAUUGGAAAUGAAAGUAGGAUUCUUGAUGUGAGCACAUUAUAUACGAAAUUACUAAAACUAAGUUUUGUACUUGGAUUCACUGUUAGAGUUGGGAUUCAGAAUUGAAAAUCUUGGAGGCUUGAUCAUAUUUUUUUCAUUUUGUCUAAUUUUAUGUUGUUCUAGUUGAAUAAUACAAGAACACACUUGCCUGUUCCUGUCCUAAUGGAGUAAAGUACCAAAAGUAAGUACUUCAAGGGGCAAACUGCAUCUUAGUAUUAAAACGAAGAUGUCAGUGUUGUGAAUAUUGGAUUUGAACUUUGAAUCCAUUAACUGCAGAAAUGUUAAAAUAUGACUACUUAUUACAAGUGACAUUUCAAACACAUACUUUAUUACAUUUUUUGUUUUAUUCUGAAGAUCAGAAUUUUGGAUUGGAAGCCUAAAAAUCGAAAUGAAUGAUAAGUAAAAUCUGAACACAUUUUGUUGUGUCUUCAUCCUCCAUUGCAUAACAAGUGAACAUCUCAAUAGUGGUUAGGCUUCAAGUGCGCAGAGCACAAGUGUAGAGUCCAGAAAAAUGCUUUUCAUCAUUGAGGCCUGCAACAAUUCCACCAUUAUUAUCCUGAAAACGGAUUCAUACCUACCACUGGUCAGAUGCUUUUUUUUCUGGGCCUGGAACUACUUGUGGUUCCGUUACACUGCACAGUUUCCUCCAACUUCCUUGUAUUAUUCAACUAGAAAAGUAUGAGGAGUAGAGAAGAAAAUCACCUGACUUGCCAACUCGCCCAAGUAUAUCUUGUUCAUUGUUAACUAAUCUAAGCAGUCCUUGGCAGUAUUUUUGGUAAACAUAAUGAGCCUUGUCUGCCCUCUUUCCUGACCAAAGGUGGCUAUCCAUUAAAUGAUUGCUAGGAAAAUUUAAAGGGAUUUGAAAGCAAUAUUUAUUGUAAAAGAUUGUGAGGAGAACUUUUUCCAUGUGAGUCUUCUUGCUUCUCCUAAUUGGCUGGGUACUAAAUAUACUUCACACCAAAGGCAAUGGAUGGAGCUAGAGGGACCUGCUUAUUUUUUUUUAAUUACUAGAAAUUCUCAGUUGUGUUUUGUGAUGUAUUUGCACAUUUCUCUUGAUUCUGCAUUGAAAAGUCCUCCAGUGCCAAUUGUUUCUCUGCGUUCACCAAUAUGGAUUGUAAACUUCAUUGAUCAUUUCUUGGGGAAAAGAAAAUUUAUAGCUUCACUAAGCUGCAUUUGUUCAGAUUUUCUUGCUCUCUCAAAUGCUCAAUUUGUUUUGUAACGUGCAAAGGGAUGAUGAGUGAAUUCCACGCUGGUGCUUGGAACUCUAAUAACUGCUUCUGGUAAAUCAUUGUUUUUGUAACACGUGUCAAAAAACAAUAGAGUACGGGUUUCCACUUGUUCACUGUGUACAGAGUUACUUCACGUUGACAGGCAUUUUAGUUGGAAAGGUAAACUUGAUUAUUCAAGACCAUAAUUGAACACUUUGGUAACCAUUUUUUCCCCAAAGUUUCAUAUUCAAUCAUCAUUUACUUAUUCCCCAUGUCAAACAAAAGCUGAAAUUUUUAUUGGAAAAAGCAACCUACGUUUUGUUCCCAAUAGAUGCACAUAUAUUAGUGCUGACUGAUUUUUUAACUCUUUCACCAACCAACUAACAAUGACCAACCCACCUCAAACCUUUCUUCACGAAUGCCAUGUUUAUUCCUCUACAAAGCUGUAUGUUCUGAAAGGAUUGUUUGAUUUAAGAGAUGCCAUUAUAGGUAUCUAGAAGGGGAACAGUGUUUUGAAGAGCAGUAUGUACUCCUUUUAUGUUCAGAGUUGAAACACACAAUCGCAUUUCAUAUGACAGUUGUUGAUCCAAAGAUGUAUUAUAAAUGAAUACAUGCUAUUUUUGGAAUAUCUGUUUUGAAGGCUGAUCAUGUCCAAGAAUGGGAUCUUGUGAAAUAUUUUGUCACGAAUAAAUGUAUAAGUAUUUGGUUCUGAAUUGACAA